AUGUCGACCUUACCCAAGCCGUACUCGCUCCCUCUUCUCGUGGAUAAGUCAGAGCCGAAGAAGCCUAUACUCACCGAGGAUAACCUCUUCCACCCGUUCAGCAAGUCGCCCUUUGCCGCCAUCCGUGCGCGCGGUGAGGCUAUUCAGACACUUGCACCAUGCCCUAUGUGCGCGAGUCACCACAGUGCAGUGCAUGCGCACACUCAGGCUGCCCCCAAGGCUGUCAAGUAUGAGUGCCCGGAUUGCGGUUGGCCGACACAUUGCACGGAGGAACAUUGGAGGGAAGACACGGAGCACCAGAAGUAUUGUUCAAGACUUAGGGAAGUUAACGAGGACGAACAUGACCUGAGGAGCGGGAGGCGGCUGCGGGAGUUUGAACUGCCAGGUCCCCAGGAUUCGGAAGCUGCUAUCUCAUUUUCAAACUGGGAUUUGUUUUGGUAUACUCGCAGUUUCCCAUCCAUGGAUACUGAACGCUCCAGGAGGCAUGCGAGCAGGCUGCUCACGUAUCCCAUAACCAUCGGUUCCGUCCUCCACCAACACAGUUACCUGACCCUGAACAAUCAGAGAUUGACACCAGAGGGUAGUCGGUCCUUAGCGGCACUGCGCACAACACUGCACGUUCCGCCGGGUGCACCAGAAACUGAAGAAGCCUCAGCGGACAAACCUCAGAUGAGAAUCUUCAUCCUUGGUGCUCGCGCCGAGUCUUCGCUUCCCCCACAUGUUUGGGAACAGCUGUGCUUGCCUUUCCCGUCGGCGCAUUUCCACCUGUUCUUCAUUGGUCCACAGGUUUCCCUCCCUAGACCACCCAACUCUGGAGCCACGCCUAAUGCGCCCGGUACUCAACAGAAUUCCCAAGCAUCGGUUACGGCUACCGAAACCUUCACGGAGAAGUCGGAGUUAGCUGAGGAAAAGCCUGUGGAAGAUGGGGAGGAGCCUGCGUACUUGCCUAAUGUCUACGAGCCGCCAACACCUGCACCUAUUGCACGCCUAAAGCGCACGCGAGAAUCGAUCCAGCGUUAUGGCAUCCCCUCGUACACUGUUCCAUACACACCGCAGCUCACAAUCACCGGUAUGCAGGCAAAUUACUCGGAGGUCCAUCCGCAAUUCCAAGAGACGUUCGAUCCUUACACGGACUGCUUCUUCCUCUUCACGCCUGGCUUUGGCUUCCCAUCCGCAAAGAGUGUCUCUGAGGAGACUGGCGAGCCGCUCUUGCAGAUCGCCUCGCCGACGGAAUGGGGCCCCGUUAUUCCCUCGCUACUUGCGACAAAGUGCCCAAUCUUCGUAACCGGCUUUUCGCCCGCUGAUGUCGAACGGGACGUCAAGUCGCUGUCUCUGGCUCCGGAGGUAGCGGGCGAGUUUGACUGGGUGAUUACCCCUGGCCCCAACGCAUUUGGCAGCGAGAAAUGGGAGGUGGCAGACUUUGACCCUCGGGUUAUGGUGAAGACGAACUGGGGUGUUUGGGGCAUCCGGGGAAAGAGGCGGGAUGUCCAGGAGAAAAAGAGCUGGCUCUAG